AUGGGGUGGGCCCUGAAAACAACCAAAAGGAGGCCGCGAUUUGGAAAAAAUGUUAAAGGAUACUUGAUUGAGAAGUUUCAAGCCGGAGAAACCAGUGGUAAUAAAGCCGAUCCUCGAACAGUCUCCAGGGAGAUGAAGUUCAAGAAAGAUGGAAAUGGUAAGCUAUUCUUCCAGCCUGACGAAUGGAAAACGGCUCAACAGAUCAAGAGCUUUUUCUCAAGGUACAGUGCAACCCUGCGUCGGCAACAAAUCGGUGUUGUAGGAGAGGAAGAGGAAAAAGAGCAAGAGUUGACGGAAGAAGAUAUGGAGGCUUGGGAAACAGAGGCUACACUCCAAGAUUUGCGGGACGCUAUUUACAGCCAAAUGAGACAAGAACAUCCCAUCCAGGUUGGCGAAAUAAACAUUUGCGACCUUUCACUUGCUGGUAAAUUACAAAAUCUGAAAAUUGUACAGCUGAAAACUGUUUCCAGUGAGUUAGGAUCCAACAUUCAAGGAUCACAAGCUAGAAAGAAAUCCUUUCUUGAGCCUCUAGAAGAAUUUGCGAAGAGCUGUAAAUGUAGAAAAUAA